AUGGAGAUACGCCCUGUUGGAACGGCCUGUCGCGCUCGGCCUCCUCCUUGGCAGACAUCACGGCCCUUGCGAAUUGGCAACCGCCUCCCAGUUGGCCGGACUCUCCAGCAUCUUUACCACCAGUUCACCCGGGUCGAAUUGUCCAAUCGCGGCCAUCAGACGCUCGCGUUCGCCCUUGAACGCUUCGCAGCGAACAAGGGUGUGACGAGCGUCGUCGACCUCCUCACCUUAGCCGUCGGUUGGGCCGCAGUGGGAACACCCGGCAGACGGUGCACGAUUGAUCCUCCGGAUGAACCAGUUGAAGCAACCAUGCCCCAUCAUCAGCUGGGUGAGGCGAAAAGAUAA